GAGAUCCAACUAUGUAUUAUUUUUUAACCGAAUGAAUAAACCAAGGAACAUGCUUCUCUGUCUAUACCACCCAUCUUCAAUCUGACAAAUGCGAAAUCCAAAAGUUACCGUGUUUUUCGUCAGUCAUCGUCUCAGCUGAGAACACCAAAGGUUCAUAAGGAGAAGAAAGUAAAGUACAAGCAAGAAGAGAAAGACUUUGAAAAUGGGAAUUACAAACCCAUUCAAAGAUCAAACCCUCUCUCUCACCAAGAGGCUUCUUCCUUGGACCCUCUAUACUCUUCUUCCCAUAGCUUUAAUUCGCUUAUACUUGUACCCUCUACCCUUCCCUCCAUCUUCAGAAUCUGAGCUUCCUCAUUCCACCCGCGUAACCAUCAUCUCCCACUCUUCUCAAUCUGCUUCUACACCUCCUUCUUCAGAAAAGGUAAAAACUUAUGAGACGCCAUGUGACUAUUUUGAUGGGAAAUGGAUCCAUGACAAGAGAGGCCCUUUGUACAAUGGUACCACAUGUGGCACAAUCAAAGAAGCCCAGAAUUGCAUCACACAUGGAAGGCCUGAUUCUGACUAUCUUUAUUGGAGAUGGAAACCAAGGGAGUGCAGUCUACCAAGGUUUGAACCUAACACUUUUCUCCAACUCAUUAAGAACAAGCAUGUAGCUUUUGUUGGAGACUCUAUGGCUAGGAACCAAUUAGAGUCCCUUCUUUGCAUGUUAGCCACUGCUUCGACCCCUGACCUUGUAUACCGAAAUGGUGAAGACAACAAAUUCCGCAGGUGGCACUUUCCUUUGUACAAUGUAAGUAUCUCAUUGUAUUGGUCCCCUUUUCUUGUGCAAGGUGUUGAGAAGUCAAACUCAGGGCCAAAUCAUAAUAAGUUGUAUUUGGAUCAUGUUGAUGAGAGAUGGGGUGGGGAUAUGGAUCAGAUGGACUUGAUUGUGCUAUCAAUUGGGCAUUGGUUUUUGCAUCCUGCAGUGUACUAUGAGGGUGGUUCAGUUUUGGGGUGUCAUUAUUGUCCUGAUCUUAAUCACACUGAGAUUGGGUUUUAUGAUGUGUUAAGAAAGGCCCUAAGGACCACCCUUAAUAGCAUAAUUGAUAGGAGAAAGGGUAAAGGGAAUGGAAUUGAUGUGAUUGUGACAACAUUUUCACCUGCUCAUUUUGAAGGUGAAUGGGAUAAGGCUGGUGCUUGUCCAAAGACUAAGCCUUAUAUAAAUGAGGAGAAGCAACUUGAAGGGAUGGAUGCUGAUAUGAGAAAGAUUGAGAUUGAAGAAGUGGAAGAUGCCAAGGCAAAAGCCAAUAAAUUUGGAGGGAUUAGGGUGGAGGCAUUGGAUGUAACCAAAUUGGCGUUGUUGAGACCUGAUGGACAUCCUGGUCCUUUUAUGUACCCUUUUCCAUUUGCUAAUGGGCUUCAAGAGCGUGUGCAAAAUGAUUGUGUUCAUUGGUGCUUGCCGGGGCCUAUAGACACAUGGAAUGAGAUUUUUCUUGAGAUGAUGAAGAAGUGGGAGCAACAUCCAAGGACUGGAGAGUGAUGUAUUUUUCAUAUUUGUUAGAUUCUUAUUUGUUACACUUCUCUAUUUUCCACUACAUUGACGAUGGAUAUUGCUUUGAAAAAGGAUCAAAUUCUGUUUUUGGCAGAAUGGGAACAUUUUUUUGGAGGGGUAUACAAGGAAGAGAAAUCUUAGUUGUUGAAUUAUUGUUUGUUAUUUUUUUCCUGAUUGGGCUCCAUAUGGAAAUGAAAAUAUUUAAAAAUAUCUUUUGACGAGGGAGGAGAGUGACAAAUUGUUGGUAAGAAAAAAAUGAUCCUUCCCGAAUGUGUUAGAAAAGCACAUACAUGUACAGAAGGGCUAGAUGCCAACCUGGAGGAAUUCAUAACACACGACAAGUCUUUUCUGUCUUAAUUUGGUAGCCAUGAAUUUUGUCUAGUGGGGUGUUGAUUUCAAUUGGAAAAUUUUCUUUUGCUUAAACUUCUCUCAUGUUAAUUUGAUCCAUUAUGUUUUCUUAUUUCCUUAAAAAUUAUUCAUCAAGUCCCAUUUGGAAUUGUAAGC